CUGCCAACUGCCGAGUGUCGACUGCGCAGUCAAAAUUAAUUUAAAUCUAUCCGCCUUUCGCAGGGCGCAGGCUAGCCCUUAAAUAUAUUUUGUAUGUUAUUAUUAAUUUGAAUAGGUUCCGUGUUUCAAAUUCUAUUAUUAAUUACUACCUACAGAAAAUAAGUCGAUACCAAUGAACGACCAAAUUAAGCUACAAAAAAUACAAAACAUUUGAUAAGUUUCUUAGUUUAACAAUAUAUAUAUAUAUUUCUAUUGUAUGGUGAGAUAUAAGCAGACCACUUUUCUGUUGUGAAAUCUAACAAUAAUGAGCAAAUUACUGACAAUUAUUAAAGUUACUACUGGAGGGAUAUUGCUAUAUAGUGGUUCUAAUUUGUUGACACUGAAUGAUAUAUUUUAUAAAAAAUAUGUUAUUCCUUCAUUUUACUUCUUUGAACCAGAAACUGCCCAUAGUUUUUUAAUUUUUGCUGGAAAAUAUGGUCUUAUUCCAAAGUCGUAUUAUAGAGAUCCAGACUCUUUACAAACUAAGUUAUGGGAUAUCAAUUUCAAAAAUCCAAUUGGACUAGCUGCAGGAUUAGAUAAACAAGGUGAAAUUGUAAAAAGUUUACAUAAAGUUGGCUUUGGAUUUGUGGAAAUAGGAUCAGUGACACCUCUACCUCAGCCAGGCAAUGAGAAACCAAGAGUCUUUAGAAUUCUUAACAAAGAAGCUAUAAUAAAUAGAUAUGGAUUCAACAGUGAUGGCCAUAGUAUUGUAUAUGAAAGACUCAAACAAUUAAAAAACCAUGAUGGUAUUAUUGGCGUUAACUUGGGAAAAAAUAAAAAUUCAGAAAAUGCUUUAGAUGAUUAUGUGAAAGGUAUCCAACAAUUUGCUUCAGUUGCUGACUAUUUUGUUAUAAAUGUAUCAAGUCCUAACACUCCAGGACUCAGAAAUUUACAAAAAAAAAAAGAUUUAAUGAAUCUACUUAAUUCUGUAAUAAAAGCUAGAAACCAAUAUUGUGGAGAACGUAUGGUACCUUUACUACUAAAAAUCUCUCCAGAUUUAACAGAUCAAGACAAAACAGACAUUGCUGAUGUUAUUAAUGAUAAAAAGUAUAGAGUUGAUGGAUUAAUAAUAUCAAAUACAACUACUGAUCGAGAUGGAGUUAACGAUGAUGCCAAUGGCUUGGAACCCGGUGGUUUAAGUGGAAAACCUUUAAAAGAUAAAUCAACUAAAACGAUAUCGGAAUUCUUUAAAUUGACAAAUGGUGAAAUUCCUAUUGUUGGUGUUGGCGGUAUAUUUAAUGGACAGGAUGCUUAUGAAAAAAUUAAAGCUGGUGCUUCACUUUUACAAAUAUAUACAUCCUUUUUAUAUUAUGGCCCUCCAGUUGUUGUUAAUAUAAAAAAAGAACUAGAUUGUCUUUUAAGGGAAGAUAAUUACAGUUCGGUAUCACAAGCUAUCGGGGUUGAUUCUAAAUAGAUAAUAAAAAUGUAGGUUAAAAUUAUUGUAUUUUAACUUUCAUUUUAUUUUUAACUUGUUAAGUUUUUUUUGUAAUUUGAUUCAAUAUUACAUGUAUAUCUAAAUAUAUAU